AUGAUGAAUAAACCAAAGUUAUUACAAGGAAGAAAACGUUCUUACUCUGAUUCUAUCUCUACCUCAAUUCAAUCUAAUAUUUUCAAUCUGGUGUUACCUUCUCUUUCUCCUUCACUUGAUGUAGCAUUUUUAAAUCAACGACUUAAAAUUCGUUCUGAAGGAAUAAUAUUACAGAUAAGCAAGUAUUAUCAAGACUACCUAAUAAAAAAAGACAAAAAUGUUGUACAAGCUGGGUAUGGAAUUGGAUUACCAGGGAUGAAGAAAGCUGGAUUAGAAAAUGCAAUAUUGAAAGAUGUAAAACAAGUCUCUCUUUGA